AUGGGCGUUCAGACGCUGCUGCAUGCCGAGUCGAUCUGCGUGGCGUCGUAUGUCGCGGACCUCGACGUGAAGGAGCGCGUGCUCCUUGUGCCCAAGUGGGUCGAGCGCCAAGUCGUGCUCACGGGCCAAACGCUCGAGGUCUUGGACGGCGAGAAGCUCAAGUUUGCCUGCAACACGGCCUACUGCACGACGCGGCUGCUCGACCCGAUCGACGACACCCACUGCUUUCCGUUCCAGCUCCUCGAACACGGCAAGGUCAAGUUGACAUUGAACGCACCGACGUCAUCGGCGCGGGACGAGGUUCUCUCGCAUUUGGACAAGGCGAUCGCGUCCGAGACGUGGAUUGUCGAGCCCAAGAACAUGUGGGACACCUUUCUCUCGGUGGCGGUCGCCAUCAACGCUGCACCGUCGCGCCACGACGCACUGGGCAUCCGCCCCUGCAACGUCUCGGUGCAGAAGGUGCACCAGCACGUACUCAACAUGAAGGCGCUGUACGACCUGGUCGCGACCAUGCCGAAUGUCGAGGACCUCUACGCACACUUUUUGGCGCUCGAGUACGAGUACAACCAUCGUAAGCAGGGCAACUUUGCCCACACCGUGCACCUAUUGCACCCUGUCAAGUACAAAUUGGGCACCAAGCCGGAGCCGUCGCUCCGCAGCAUCGUGACGUACUGUCCCCGCCAAGGGUGCGCAGCGGCGUUGCCCUUGGCGCUCGCAUACCAAAUGCACAUCCUCAACAAGGCGAUCCUGUGCCCGUCGUGCGGCCAUGGCAUCCGGUACGAGACGUACAACAUUGCGGCGUUUUGCGCCAAACACCCGUCGUUCGCGAUAAGCGGCGCGCUGCGCAACGAGCCCUUCGAGUACAAAGUAGUCGUCCCCGGUAUCCCGAGCAACGGCCGGUGGGUCACGUUUCUCGAGGAGCUCAAGCGCAGCGUUGCGGCCAACGCCAUCACCGCAAGCGCGAGUGGUGUCCGGUCCAUGCGGUCGAUGAUUGACGCCGCCGUCCGGGUGUACCGCCAGAACGUUCUUGGACGCUUCCACCUCGACUUGGUCCAAGGCAUGUUUCGACAGCUCGACUUUGUCAACAAGAUGUGCCCACACUUUGAGUACUGGACACACCCGGACGUGCUCACGGCGUCGAUUGCCCGCUACGAGCAGUUCAUGCACCUUUGGUCCGUCAAGGAGCCCGCGACGAUCCUUGUGCCGACGUCGGACAUUGAUUUGGUCUGGCACACGCACCAGACGACGCCCAACAUCUACGCUGCGUACUGUGCGUCGCUGCAUUCGCACCAGCGACUGCUUGACCACGACGAUACUAUCAGCGGUGGCGACCUCGCCAAAGGCUACGCCGACACGUUUGUACUCUGGUCGAAGACGUUCAACGAAGCGUACUCGAGCUUCCCACCGAGCUACGAAGCGUGGAUCAAGGACAAGCCCACGGGUCUCCUUGCACGCCGCGCAUGGCGCAAGACGUGGGCCAAGCACGGCGCCGUGCCCUCGAAAGCUCACCGCUUUUACGGCGUCAACGAGCCCUACCCGACCGAAGCCAUGCCGUAUGCGGUCGCUGUCCACGAAGCCUCCAAGCCCGACGAACACCCGCUGCCUGUCUACGUGACGGUGAUUGGCACGCCAGUCAUGGACGGCCGCGUGCGCCAGCCGUACUCACGUCACACUGUCUUGAUGUACGAUGCCGGUCUCCCGUACUACUACAUGCCCUACACCCACCUCGGUGGCUGCGGUGGCUUCGGCUAUUACGGGUCAAGCGGCGGCUGCGGCGUCUCGGGCACGGCGUACGGUGCUGAAGGCGGUUGCGGCACGAUCGCCGGCAAUGGCGGCUGCGGCGCCGGUGGCUGUGCAACGGGCGGCUGCUCGACGGGCUGUGGCGGUGAUGGCGGUGGCGGUGGUGAUGGCGGUGGCUGCGGUGGUGAUGGCGGUGGCGGCGGUGGUUGUGGUGGCUGCGGUGGAUGUGGCGGCUGCGGUGGCUGCGGCGGCUGACCAAAGUCUUUACCACUGAUAUAGCCUAACCAACAAGUAGCAGUAUCC